AUGGAUUCCGGCAACACACCUCCAUCUUUUCCGUCGAAGGUGACACACACCAUAGAUCAAGAACAGCCACAUGUGAGCACCACCGUAGAUGUGCAGGCCUUCGGAGCACCCAUCCGCAACCCGAUGGCUGCCGAUAUCUAUGGUCAACCUAUGUCCUACGGAGGCUUCGUCCACGGCCAACAGAAUUCGCUUAAUCAGUUUCAAGGUGGGUCAGUCAGCCGCGGGCUAGAUGAUUCCGGUGGCGGUUGGUAUAGUAACGAUGCUCAACCACCGUCUGUCGGAGCUAUCAGGCCAGGGGUCAUAUCUCACCCUUCGGGAAGCAAUCAGAUAUAUAGUUAUGGACUUCCACCGUCGUUCAACGACUUUGAUAGACGAGAAACAUCUCAAACUGGGACAUCCACCGGCGGUGUGGUUCCGGAGGCAUAUGAAUUUGCUGGCAUGAGUUUGACCGGUAAUAAUUUCAGGAGAUUUCAUCCGGAUGCAUUCAACAAAGACAAAUAUGGUAAAUGA